AUGGGAUGCUCUCCAGCACACGGUCAGACUGGGAUGCUCUCUAGACAGCUGGUAGAUGGGAUGCUCUCUCUAUACGGGAUGCUCUCCCCUCCAGAGCUCUCGGUAGAUGGGAUGCUCUCACAGCUCUCGGUAGAUGGGAUGCUCUCUAGCACAGCUCUCGCACAGCUCUCUGUCAUACUGGGUAAAUACUCUGUCCCCCCACAGCUCUCUGUCAUACUGGGUGUCCCUCCAACUCAAGUCCACCAGUACAGCGGUCUGGGUUGUAUCGAUGUGAGUCCAGUCCUGGAGCCUCUGGCGUUUGUUCUUCCCAAGAGGGAGACGGUGACUCCGGUGGGAGAGGACCUCAGUGUUGAGCUGGACGGUCUCACCACAGCUGAUCUUCCACCAAUACUUCCUGUUGACAACCUGGGACUUCCUGUUCCUGAACCAAUAGCAGGCCCGGAACCUAUUGAGGAGGAUCCCAUGGUCUCAUCCACCAUAUCUACUGAGUUUGUUUCCGAGACAGGUCUGACCUCUGACCCUGAACUGGAAGCCAUUUUGAAUGACCCGAACCCUGUACUGGACGACGCAGAGAGACCAAGGGCUGACGGCCACCGUGAAGUACAGGAAGACCCUGAGUUGGAGGCCAUACUGAAUCCCCCAAAGCCUGUACUGACUGACCCAGAACAUAACCCAGUCCUAGAGCCUGUACUGACCGCCCCAGAACAUAACCCAGUCCCAGAGCUAGACAGUGAGCCAUCAGAGCCUGAGGUAAACCCAGAGGUAGCAGAGAGUUACCCUCAGGAGUGUUGGCAAGGUAAACUACCAAUAGCCUUGAAUUAAUGGUUUGAAUCUCAGCUUGUGUGCAUUUUUACUAGUUAAUUUACCAUUUUCAGGAAUGCUUUAUCAUGUAUAUACUGCCAUCUAAUCUGGGUUUGACAAUGUGGUAACUGGACUAUGUACAUUUAAAAUAGUUAAUUUCUACUGUAAGAUGUAUCUUCAUUAUUAAAAUAUAUCCACAACA